AUGGAAACGCUCGAGAAGUUUCAGGAUGGAUUGAUAGACCUGAUCAUAACGACCGACGCCCUAGAGGAAGGAAUAGAUAUACCAGCAUGCAACACAGUCCUGAACUUCAACUGUUCCUUGAAUUUAAAGUCGUUCAUUCAGCGACGUGGGCGCGCACGAAGACAGCAGUCCAAAUUUAUCAUUAUCCUUCAGAAUGAAGAGGAUUUAAAUGAUGUGAAAUCAGUGCAACUUCGGGAAAGUGAGCUGCUCAGAAGGCUUCAGGAUGAGGAAAGAACAGUACUACCAGAUGACUUGAAAAACGAUGAACAGCUGACAGGCUCAUUGGCUUUCAGUACUUCUACAGGUGCUCAAAUGACCAUGGGAAAUGCCAUUAGCCACCUGUAUAGGUUCUGCUCGGAACUACCAGCUCAGCCAUGUGUGAGUAAUAGCCCUGUAUUUAGCUGCGAGACCGACGAGUGCGGCCAGGUACAGGCAAUUGUCAGACUGCCGAGCAACCUUGAUCCAUCCCUUCACACAUUUGAGAGUCACAAGAAAUGGACAAGGAAAAGGUGGGCAAAGGAAGAUGCAGCCCUCCAAGCAUACAAGGCCCUGUACCAUGCCGGACUCGUCAAUGAGUACCUUCUCCCCUUGCGACUGUCAGACAUUCUUGAAAAAGGACCAGUACCAAGGUCGCACUACCUGAUCCCUGAGCAGCUAGACCCUUGGCAUGAUGCUGCUUUGCUUUGGUCUCUUGGACGGGAGCUCUUUUGCCACGAACUUCGCAUUGUACGACCACAGAAAGAGGACAUUAAACUCUUUAUGAUUCUCUCAGUCCCACUGAGGAUAGAAGUUUGUAUUCCGUUAUUUGUGGAUUCCGACACGGAGUAUACGGCAGUUGUCAGCUCGGGUAGAGCAAUUACCACGGAUAUCUCAAUAUGUCAACAUGUGACACAUUUAAUUCUACAGUCCGUAUAUGGAGGCCACGAAGCUCAAACAAACAUCGACUACGUUCAUAUCCUUGUCCCAGAUAGGGAUAACGUUGCGAUGUCUGAAUUUCUUGAGAGUCAUUCCGGAAGGACGAGCCUCGCUGCGUGCUUACAGAAACGCCGAGCUCUGCCUGGUUCGCUUGGCCUCUUGCGCCAUGUCACCGAGGCCUGUCGUCCCCUUUUUAUUGAAGAUCUAGAAGAGCACGUGUGCCGGGGCCCUCAUAGCGAUGCGGGCAGCCUAGCAAUCAGAGGCAAGAUACAUCGCUUGACCAGACGCCGCAACUUUCUCCAUAAUCCAAAGACGGUAACAGCUACACGGACAGAGAAGCAUAAAUCCACAAUUCUCGUUGAACAGGAGCUGGACGAGUUGGCAGCUGAAGAUUAUUUGGUCGAUCGACUUCCGUCCGUCUAUGCCGAAGCUGCUUUGUUGGCUCCAAGCAUAAUUCACCGGAUUGGCGUAUAUCUAAUCGCGGAAAAAUUAAAGCAAGAAAUCUUUUCAGGCCCCCAAGCAGCCCCUUUUGAACGAAUGGACUUGCUAUCCAUUGCUAUCAGCCCGGCCGAUACAGUGCAUCGGUCCGAGUUUCGCUCUAUGGCGUUUAUCGGGGAUGUGAUCGCAAAGUUUCUCAUAACGAGACAGCUAUUUUUGCACCAUACUUUGUGGCACGAGGGCCUUUUAACCGGCAUGAAGGAUUCCAUUGUGUCCGAUGCAGGGCUUGCAGCGGCUGUGUGUCAUUCUGGCUUUGGGCACUAUCUCUUGACCACACGGUUUAACGGAAAACGGUGGCGGCCAGCUUUCGUGCUAAAAACAUUGUCAAAGAGUACUCAAGCUAGGCAGAGACAUGUUGGUGCCGCUACUGUUGCUGAUAUGGCCAAGGCCUUGGUAGGCGCUGCCUUCCUAGACAACGGAUUGGAUCAAGCUAUCAUAUGCGUAGCAGCAAUGAUCCCUAAGAUCAAGAUUUGGACCACAAUAUCUCUCCAUGAUGGCACAUAUUCCAAGUCUCGGCCACCCAAGACCUUGGGUGCAACAACCAUCGCAGAUCUAGAAGAUCUGCUUGGAUACACCUUUUCUGAUAAGAGUCUGGCAAUAGAAUCAAUGACACACCCUUCCUGUGUAGGGCUCUACGGGACAACAUCCUAUCGGCGUCUGUCGUUUCUUGGAGUUGCGGUCAUCGACAUGCUAGUUGUCACGUACUUACAUCGACACGAUAGAUUGAUGGGCUCUAAAAGACUGCACUCUUUGAAAUCGGCUGUGACCAACAAUAUGUUUCUCGCCUUUGUCUGUCUCACAUUCUAUCGGGAGAAGGAGCACGAUACUAUCGAGGUUGAUAGUAAGGGCAUCCCGGGUGUCAUCCGGAGUAGUCACCGAGUGGCUGUUUAUAAUUUUAUACGCUCACAAAGCGAGACACUCUCUGGCAAGCUAUCUGGCCUUACGCAAAAUUUCACUAGUCACCUACACAUCAUCAAGGGGGACCUGUGGGAAAAACGAAUAUAUCCCUGGGCACGCUUAAGUGUCUUUAGGGAUAUCAAAGUACUCUCUGACAUUGUCCAAAGUGUUUUUGGUGCGAUAUAUGUCGACUCUUCCGCUAGCUUGCAGGAAUGUGAGGCUCUAGCCGAGAAACUAGGAAUUCUGCCACUUCUUGAGCAUUUCAUAUCGCACGAUGUGGUGACCGACCAUCCCAAAGACCCACCUGCUACACAAGCUCAGAAUUCUCGGCAGGAUAGACAAGAAGGAAAGGCGGCGCAUGCUAAUAAAAUAUAG